AAGGAAAAAAAAAACGUUUUGGUUAGUAUGCGGGCGAGUAACAUCGCAGAAUCUGCAAUCCAUUUCGUGGAAUCUCACUCUCAUCACUCACUAACUCACUCACUCGCGCAGCAAAAGAUGCAGAGUGGGACGCGCGCGGAGGCAGAGCGUCUGCUAGGAAUCGCAGAAAAACUCUUACACACCCGCGAUCUCAUGGGGUCAAGAGAGUUCGCCGUCCUCGCUCAAGAAACCGAACCCCUUCUGGAAGGUUCCGACCAGAUCCUCGCCAUCGUCGAUGUCCUACUCGCCGCAGACAAGCGCGUCAACAACCACCCCGACUGGUACGCCGUCCUCCAAGUCGAUCGCCGCUCCGACAACCUUGAACUCAUCAGAAAACAGUACCGCCGCCUCGCCCUCCUCCUCCACCCCGACAAAAACCGAUUCUACUUCGCCGACCACGCCUUCAAACUCGUCGCCGACGCGUGGGCUCUACUCUCCGACUCUAUAAAAAAAUCCAACUACGAUAAAGGCCUCUCCUUCUUCUCCCCCGUCGAUUUGUCCAUCCCGAGCUGGGUCCAGCAAGAUAAAUUACCCGUCCGCAGGACCGGCCCAGUGCCUGGGCCCGGGCCCGGGAUUGGGCCCAUCGAUCGCAAUAGCGCUUCCGCUAGAGACGAGAUUUCGGCGGACGAGAAUUCGCGGCAAAGAAACUCUUCUUUCUGGACUGCGUGUCCCUAUUGUUACCGUUUGUACGAGUACCCGAGGAUUUACGAGGGUUGUUGCUUGCGGUGCCAGAAUUGUGAAAGGUCCUUUCACGGCGUUGCGGUGCCGUCGUUGCCGCCGCUGGUGCCGGGCCAGGACGCUUAUUAUUGCUGCUGGGGAUUCUUCCCCAUGGGGUUUGUUGCCGGGAGUUUUGAUUCGCCGGAGAAAGAGGCUGCGGUGGGGGCGACUCCGCCUCUGCCACAGGCUUCUUCUUCGUUGCCGAAUUGGAUGCCGGCAAAUGGCGGGGCCAGUGCGCAGGCAACGCCGGUGGCGGCCAGGGUGGCUAAAAUGGGGGUUUCGAAUGGGGUUGCUUCGGGGUCAAAGAAGCGAGGGAGGCCGAGGAAGCAUCCUUUGCAAUCCUGAGGUGGAAGCGCCUUAUGGGUUUUUGAAGAUAGAACCUAAAAGUGCUGUUGUUAGGUACUGUUGUGUUUGUUUAGUUUGUUGGUUUUGUAGAUAUGGUUAAGUGUCUCUUGAUUGGUAUAUUUUACUUUGUAAUUUUUCCUCUAGGGUUGAUUAUAAGCCUUAUUGUUGAGGUGGAGAACAAUGUUGCGUGUUUGCUAUAGUUGAAAUUAGAUUCACAUAA